ACCCCAGCGGCAACGCGGAAAAUGGAAGAGGAUGACGAAGUCGUUUCGUGCUCUUCCGGUUCCGACGACGACGACGAGGACCUUUCCAGUGAAUGUGAAGAGAGCCUCGAUAAGGAUGAUCAGUCAGAGGUCGACGUUUAUUCUCUAUCUGAUGACGAGAGGAAAUCGAAGAAUAUCGAUGCUCUUGUGAGGGGUAAUCUUGUCGUGAAGACACAGUCGUUGCUUCCACGAGUUCUUUCUGUAACACAAGGAGCAGCUGUUUGUAGAAAACCCUUUAAACCUCCCAGCUCCAGUGGUUACAAUAAUGGAAAUGAAGAGCUUACACGUCGCCUUUGUGCCCGGAAAAGGUUUGUCCCGUGGGGCUCUACCAGACCGGUGUUGGUGACAAUUACCAACCGGUUAAAUUUGCCAAUAAGCGUUGAAAAAGAUGUUGCCGCAGAGGAAGUGUCUUUGCCGCCUGGGAUUGAACCUCUAGUGUUGUGGCAGCCCGAAGGGUAUGAGGAUGAAGGCCGUAAUUUGACUCCAAUAGCAGUGGACCCGUUGCUUGUUCGUUUCCUUAGACCACACCAGAGAGAAGGAGUUCAGUUUAUGUUUGAAUGUGUUUCAGGGCUACUUAGCACAGCAAAUAUUCACGGGUGCAUCCUGGCAGAUGAUAUGGGUUUGGGGAAGACUUUGCAGUCAAUCACACUUCUGUAUACACUUCUCUGUCAAGGGUUUGAUGGAAAGCCAAUGGUUAGAAAAGCCAUCAUUGUGACCCCUACCAGCCUUGUAAGUAAUUGGGAAGCUGAAAUUAGGAAGUGGAUCGGAGAGAGAGUUCGUCUUGUUGCUCUGUGUGAAAGUACAAGAGAUGAUGUCAUUUCUGGGAUUGACAAUUUUACAAGUCCCCACAGCUCUCUACAGGUGCUCAUAGCAUCAUAUGAGACUUUCCGAAUGCAUUCAUCAAAGUUUGGCCAUAGUGACUCUUGUGACCUACUCAUAUGUGAUGAGGCUCACAGGCUGAAGAAUGAUCAGACAAUUACAAACCGGGCACUGGCUGCUCUCUCGUGCAAACGUAGAGUGUUGCUUUCAGGAACUCCUUUGCAGAAUGACUUAGAGGAAUUCUUUGCGAUGGUUAACUUCACUAAUCCUGGAAUAUUAGGUGACAUUACACAUUUUCGCCGGUACUUUGAGGGACCAAUUAUUUGUGGAAGAGAACCUACUGCUUCUGCAGAUGAGAAGAAGCUAGGUGCUGAUCGCUCUGCAGAGUUAAGUGGGAAAGUUAACCAGUUUAUAUUGCGAAGGACGAAUGCAUUAUUAUCAAAUCACUUACCGCCAAAGAUAGUUGAAGUUGUUUGCUGCAGGUUAACUCCACUCCAGUCAGACCUAUAUAAAUAUUUUAUACAAUCCAAAAAUGUUAAACGCGCAAUUGUUGAAGACGUAAAGCAAUCAAAGAUUUUAGCCUACAUAACAGCUCUCAAAAAGUUGUGCAACCACCCAAAGCUUAUAUAUGAUACUAUACGAAGCGGGAGUCCAGGAACUUCGGGCUUUGAGGACUGCAUUCGGUUCUUUCCACCAGAGAUGUUAUCAGGAAGAUCUGGCUCGUGGACUGGAGGGGAUGGAGCUUGGAUUGAGUUGUCAGGAAAAAUGCAUGUCUUAGCAAGACUACUUGCCCAGAUACGGCAAAGGACUAAUGACCGCAUUGUCCUUGUCUCAAACUACACACAGACUCUGGAUCUUUUUGCUCAGUUGUGUCGGGAACGAAGGUACCCGCACUUGAGGCUUGAUGGUGCAACAUCAAUCAGUAAAAGGCAGAAGUUAGUAAACCGCUUUAAUGAUCAAUCUAAGGACGAGUUCGUUUUUCUCUUGAGCAGUAAGGCUGGUGGCUGUGGCCUCAAUUUAAUUGGAGGAAAUCGAUUAGUCUUGUUCGAUCCUGACUGGAAUCCAGCAAAUGAUAAACAAGCUGCGGCGAGAGUUUGGAGGGAUGGGCAGAAGAAAAGAGUGUACAUUUAUAGAUUUUUGAGUGCUGGGACAAUAGAGGAAAAGGUAUACCAGCGUCAGAUGUCAAAAGAAGGGCUUCAAAAGGUCAUUCAGCAGGAGCAAACAGAUAACCUUGAGACACCGGGUAACUUUUCGACAGAGGUCCUCCGGGAUCUGUUCUCAUUUCAUGAAUGUGUCAAGUCAGAGAUUCAUGAAAGGAUGCAUUGCUCUCGGUGUCAGACAAAUGACGAUGGGCCUCAGAGCGACGAUGGGAAAUAUGUUGCUCAUUCUACGAUAAGUAACGGUGGAUUUGAUGAGGAAACCUCUGAUGAUAUAGGUGGAUUUGCAAAAUUUGCAGGCUGUAUGCACAAAUUAAAGAAAUCAGAAAAGCAGGUAGGGAUCCCCUUGGAAGAAGAUUUAGGUAGCUGGGGCCAUCAUUUCUUCUCCACGACCGUACCGGAUACUAUCCUUCAGGCUUCAGCCGGAGAUGAGGUGACAUUUGUUUUUACAAACCAAGUUGAUGGAAAGCUGACACCAAUUGAUUCAACCGUCAGUUCAGAGCAACAGCAAGAGGAAAGCAAGGAAGUGAUCCAGCUAAAACGGAACUCCAAACAAAGUCCCGUUCUUUCUUUACAUCAGAAGCCAUCUUACUCCCUCAAGCCUUCAAUGAGGCCAGCAUUGAGUUCUGUUAGGACGAAGGAAAAUAUAUCAACACAAGCAGCUUUAAAAACCAAAAAUUCCCUUGUAAAUCAAUUACCACAGAAAAGAUCAUGUCCAACUUAUGUUGAUGUUGAUCAAUUAGAAUAAUACUUCUGAUUUCGUCAAGCGAUCA